ACUCGUGUUACGACAGUAAGUCACCGUUUACGGAUACCAUACGAAUGAAUAGGGAAAGCCGUAAACUGGCACCUACUUAUCGUAAAACUUGUCAGCAUCUUCCAUUUUAAAACAGCAAUCUUAUCGUAGUAAACUCUUUACAUAGUUCAUUUCAAAAGUACUUUUUCGGGUACAACAUAUUUAAUAUUAGCAAACAGGUGGUAACUUCAUAAAUGUAUGUGCUGUUUCUUCACAAAAGUAGUUUAUGCAGCACACUGAAGCAUCUCUUCCGUAGACAUCCAUUCAAAUGGGAGUAUCUCCUCGCCAGUUUACCGCCCAUAGAAUGAAUUUGGGACCGCCGCAUUAUGCAUUGCUAUGCUAGGCCACGCCCAUUAUUUAAUCCCAGAAUGCUCAGCUGGAAGACAUGGACAAAAAUGACAGUGACUUUCAAGGAACUGAUGGUUCAGGAUCUCUUGGAGGUCUUGAUGUUCGCAGGCAGAUCCCAAUCAAGUUACUGUCUAAACAGUCGGUAAGAGGCAAAACAGCUGCCCGACCUCAGAGGCCCAAUAACAGGUUGCCCUCCAAAAGUGAUGAAGAGCAUUUAAGCCAUAACCAGGAAGAAAGGUCUGAGUGCAAAUCUGGAGAUGCUUAUGGAAAUCAACGCAGAUUCCCUCAACCAAUCUUCUGGGAUUAUAAGCUCAAUUUAGUUGGAGAAAAAGAUGACACACCAGUUCAUUUUUGUGACAAGUGUGGCAUGCCCAUUAAGACUUAUGGGCGAAUGAUUCCCUGUAAGCAUGUUUUCUGCCAUGAUUGUGCAGUUCACUAUGAGAAGAAAUGUGACAAGAUGUGCCCUGGUUUCUCCCUCUACAGCUGCACAGAAGCGGUCCAGCGUAUCGAGCAGUGCCAUCGUGGUUCCCUUUACAUGUGCAGCAUUGUGCAAGGCUGCAAACGCACCUAUCUCUCGCAGCGAGACCUACAGGCACACAUCAAACAUCGCCACAUAAGGGCCAGCAAAGCCGGAAGCUCUCGCCCAGAAGCGCCACACCCAUCCCUGGCCUCGGACCCACCAGACCGCUUUCGGUUGCCACCACCACCCCACCUGCCCAAGGGACACCAUCUGAUCCCUCCCCCACUGCAAGGUCAUGACAGUUACAACCAACCUCCCCCAGUCUCACCCUCCUCUUCCGAUCAGGGGCCUUCCCCUCGCUCCCUUCCACAAGAGACCUUCCGGAUUGCUACCUUGACUACACGUAAACACAGCAACCUCAUCACAGUGCCCAUCCAUGAUGACUCUGGGAGCUCCGGCCCCUCCUCCCGUGAGCCACACCCUCAGACUCCUCCUGGCCCACCUCCACACCACCACCCUGGAGACUACUCCAGCCAGUCUGUGGUAUCCCACCCUCAUCACAUAAUGCCUCCGCCACAACAGCCACACUAUGGGCCUCCACCACCCCCACCUCCCCCUCUCAACAUCCCAAUACAGCAUCCGCCCCAGGGCUCAGCUGCACCUCACAUGGUUUAUAACCAAGCACCUCCCAUGUCAUCUGCUCCCCCACCGAUCACCCCUCCACCUGGACACAUCAUUGGCCAUAUGCCACCAUAUAUGAAUCACCCAUCCCCUGGCAUAGUUCCCCAACAUGUGGGUCCACCUGUCAGUGGCCCCCCUCCUCACCACUACAACCCCAACUCAAUGUCCCAGGACCAAGGCACUCUUAGCCCUCCCUUUACCCAACCAGGGGGCAUGAGCCCAGGGAUAUGGCCAAAUCCACGUGGCCCACAUCCACCUAAUAUGCAGGGGCCACCACCACAGGGACAGAUGCCUGGGCCACACCACCCUGACCAGUCACGUUAUAGACCAUAUUACCAGUAGCAUACUGUCUAUGUCAGCUCUGUUAGACAGCAUGAGCUACUUGGUAUAUUAAAGAACUGAAAAGACAUGCAGUUAAAAGGAUAGUUCACACAAAAAUGACAAUUCUGUAAUUGUUUACUCACACACAAGUUGUUCCAAACCGGUAUGACUUUCUUUCUUAAUGGGAUCACAAAAGGAGAUGUAAGGCAGAAUGUUAGCUUCUGUUACCAUAAAAUUAUUUAUUUCAUUUCUUUUUUCUUAUCAGUGUAAGGUGAUUGCAUGGGUUCAGAACAACAUUUUUGGGUGAACUAUCCCUUUAAACUAUUAAUCAUUUUGGUUAAACAGUUGUUGUUCAUAACACAUCAGUUUUUUGAAAGUAUUUUGUACCCAACAAAUGCAAUAAAUGAAACUUGAC